AGCGCCAGUCUCGCCUACAUGACGCCGCCACACACUCUCACACAGCUGAUGUCAGGCGCUACUGCAACUGCUGCUGUUCAGGCAACAAAGCAAAGAAGCUGGACAUUGUCUUGCGGGAUAGAGCAAAUGCAAGAAGAGAGGAGAAGAUUGAAAACAUAAAGGAAAAAAGAAGGGAAGACUGAACUGAAGUUUCAAAAUAAUCGAGAGGAAGACAUGAAGCUGUGGAUAAAAUGAUGGGUACAGACUCAAAAAAAACUUGCACACAGGAAUAUGCGUUGAUCACUGGCCUUGUUACUAACAAACCUUGAAUGGACAAGAGUGCAGCUGGAGGUCAAUCACAGAGUGUUGCUACAAAGAAAAUUGAAUCUAGACUCAUUAGAAGAAAGCUGAUGCAGAGUGGCGGCCAGUUUGGCUGAAAAAAAAAAAAAAAUUCUCCAAGGACCAUUUUUGUUAUACUCAACAGAUUCCUGUUUUCCAGCAGGGUGAGAAACAAUAUUGUUAUCUACAGCCACCUCAGCUGGACUGCACUAGACACUGCAAGACUAAAACCACUCCAACCUUCUUUUGGCUGCUGUCACUGUUGAGAUGAUCCAUAACACCCUGAAGUCCACCCAGCCAUCGGAGCACAGCCCCAGGAGCACACACUCAGCCGCACAAAGGAAGCUGUGGAGAUACUCGGGCUGCAGAGGAGCUGGCCAGGUGGAGAGUCACCGUCGCAGUGUGUGUGUGCUGGCUGCAGACUUGAACGCUGGAGAAGGAGGAAGAGGAGGAGGUGGCGGUGUGAUGCACACUAUCCACGGGCUGUGCCACCUGUGCAUCGGAUGUAGGCUGCCACAGGUGACCAUCCUUCGAGGAAAGGAUGGAUAUGGCUUCACCAUCUGCUCGGAUUCCCCUGUGAGGGUACAGGCUGUUGAUCCAGGGGGUCCAGCAGAUCAGGCAGGUCUGCAGCAGUUGGACACGCUCCUGCAGCUAAAUGGUCAGCCAGUGGAGCAGUGGAAAUGUGUGGAUUUAGCCCAUGCUAUCAGAAACAGCGCCAAUGAAAUCACAGUGGUGGUGUGGCGCACCGGUCCCUCAGCUAAGCCUAAUUUCGAGGGCCUCAUUCACCGUCCCUCCUACAAGCCCUCCACCUCAAACUAUGACGCUCCCUCACCCCCUACCCGUAGGCGUGCACCAGAUGUUGGCACCAGCAAAACCCCCCCAGCUGUACCGCCUCUCCCAGCCCACCACCGCGCCACUGCCGCCCGCAGGCUGCUGGUCAACGGCUCCGAAGCUGGAAAUAGCAGUGGCUUGGGCAUGGGAACCCUGGCGUGGGGGGCCCAGGGAGGGUCAGCCGAGGAGCUGGAUGGGAAACCGCGACACCUGCACCACCCUCACACUGCCACACUGAAGGGUACCAGAGUGAAGGCAUCUAACGGGGACAACUACAUCAUCCUGGCGCCCAUAAACCCUGGAAGCCAGAUCUUGAGGCCUGUUUACCAAGACAACCAGGGAACAUUAGCUGCCAGAUUAUACCCCACACGGCAGGCCUCUGGUCCACCACCCCUUGAUGGUGGUAGUGGUGGUGGUGGUGGGGGUGGGGGUGCUUUUUCUGGAGGUGUGAGUGGGGGCGGCGGAGGAGGAGGUGGUGGGGGUCUUUCUAGCCGCACCGGCUUCCUACGACGGUCCAACAACUCCAAGAUGACAAAGACCUCAUCCACCUCCACUAAUGCUGGCAAGCCCAUCUACCAGCAGCAGAACGCCAACUUUGCCAAUUAUCAGAACUGUACCAUCGUCCGCUCACAUACUCCACAUGGCAAUUAUGGAUAUGUCAAAGUGGCACCCAAGAUCCUUAUCUUCCCCAUCUUUGUUCAGCCUCUUGACCUGUGCAGCCGAACGCUCAUCAUAUCUGAGGAGAUGAUACUACAUGAGAGCAAGCACCACUCUCUCAAGGUUACAGUGUUUGUCUACAAUGAUCUAAUGCUGGUGACAAGGGAAGAUGAGCCAGGAAGGUGUAACGUCCUUCAGAGUCCCCUGUACCUCAGACAGCUCCGGCUCCAGGACGAUUAUGCUGAAGAACUGAGAUUCUACCUUAUUCACAUGACCGAGAAGUGUGACUGCCUGCUCAGCCUGGAAGCCUAUUCAGCAGACCAGAAGCGCCGCGUGUGUCAGUGCCUGAAGGACAACAUUGACAAGCAGCUCCAGCUUCACCGGAGGGAGCCACUCGUUCCGCAUUUCGAACAGAUGUCGGAGCCUAAGGUGGAUGCCCCUUCAUGUGAGCUGGGCGGAGUAGGAGGAGAUCGAGGAGGUGUGUGCCUCCACCUGCCCCCCCGCAGCUCAGAAGGUGAGGAAAGCAGUCUGUAUCCUUCGAGCCCCUCUGAGCCCCCAACCCUGGGUAGUCCUCACCCCUCAGAGCCGCUGACCCCUUUGGAUGAGGUCUACAUGCCCCUUGGCGGUCUGAUGGGAUCUGAGGAGCGGCAUAAGGUACCUCCCACACCACCUCCGUCCACAGAGGGUGAGGAUUGCAAGAGUAUGGAGGGAAAUGAGAUGGAGAUCUGGAGAGGGGCGAAGGAUGGGGACGGGAGAGAGGAGGAGGAGGAGGAGGAGGAAGAUGGGGCCAGCAGAAAGAGUACUGUAAGUGAGGGGGAAGAGAAAGAAGAAGGAAGAGAGGAGGAGGGAGAAAUGAAUGAAGAGGACAUCAACCUAAACCUGGUGGUAUCAAACACAGAUGAGGACAAUGCCUCGGAGCCGCCUGACACCAACGCUCCACCCUCGUCCUCCUCAUCUUCAUUUGUCAUCCCUGAGCUGCGCCUUGAUCGCUCCUUUAGUGCCGAUGCCCUCUCCUCACCCAACACUGAUGAAGAAGAGUAUGAUGAAGAUGAAGAUGAGGAGUCUGAAGAGGAGGAUGAGGAAGACGAUAGUGAUGAUGCCUACCUGCAACGUAGUGACAGCAAGCGCCGCAGCAUGGUGGAGGGUGCCACCUGUGAGAAACAUGGAGGAGGGGGGCUCAGCGUGCAGAAUUCCCUCCGCCGACGCACCCACAGUGAAGGGAGCCUCCUGCAGGAUGCCCGCACGCCUUGUUUCACCUCCGACAAUGCCAUCAACUGCCUAGAGGCUGGGGGCGGGCACCACAAGGGCGGCUGGACACUCCCAUCCCCCAAAACCCUGAAGAAAGAGCUGACGAAGAAUGGAGGCUCCAUGCAUCAGCUGUGUAUGCUGUUCUCUGGGAGGAAGCUGAGCUCCGGAUCCCCCUGUAGCUGCGAGGUCGGCCCUGAAGGGACAAAGAAAAAGAAAUCCAAGAACCUGGCCAAAGACAUGAAGAAUCGGCUGGCUUUCCUGCGGAGGAGGAAUGAAUCCCCAGGAAGUAACCCAGCCAGCAAGUUAGACAAAUCCAUGAAGUCAGUCAAGCCCACCCCGGAGGAAGCACUGAAAUGGGGGGACUCACUUGACAAGCUGCUGGCUCACAAAUAUGGUCUGGCUGCGUUCAGAGCCUUCCUGCGCACAGAGUUCAGCGAAGAGAAUCUGGAAUUCUGGCUAGCAUGUGAGGAAUACAAGAAGAUCAAGUCGCAGUCCAAGAUGGCCUCAAAAGCCAAGAAAAUCUUUGCAGAAUACAUCGCCAUCCAGUCUUGUAAAGAGGUAAAUCUGGAUUCGUACACCAGAGAUCACACUAAGGACAACCUGCAGAAUGUGACACGCUCCUGCUUUGACCUAGCACAGAGGCGGAUAUACGGGCUGAUGGAAAAGGACUCAUAUCCCCGCUUCCUCCGCUCAGAACUCUACUUGGACUUAAUCAACCAAAAAAAGCCCAGCUCCACCUCGACUUCGUCUUCAUCAUAAGAGAGCAGAAAACGAUAGAACGGAGGAGAAGAGAACGAUGAUGACGAGAGAAGAAAAAGGGGGCAGACUUGAAAAACGUACAGUGGGUGGGCGGGAUGUGAGGUUCUUUGUUUGCCUUUUUUAAUUUUUCUUUCUGUGUCUGUCAUCCUGUUUUUUUCCUGACUUUUUUUUUGGUUUUGUUUUCACGGUGUGAGAGGACACGGCAAAGCUAUGGCACUGCAAAGGAAUGUAGUUUACACAGUUACCAGGUGGAUGGAUGAAUGGAUGGACAGAUGAAUGGAUGAAUGGAUGUUACUAAAAAAAAUACAGAAGCCCACAGGUGAGGGCUGAAGCAGGAGCUGGACGCUUGUCUGAUCACUGUUGCUUUUUCUUUUUUGUCUUUUUUUUUUAAUCUCAGUGUUGUGUAAGAAAAAUAUGACAUUUGUGUUUUUAAGUUUCUGUCCAGUUGUACUGGAGAAAAGGAGGGGUUACUCAAAAAAAACAAAACAAAAACAAACCCUGCAGACAUGAAGACAGUCCGGUACUGUUUUGUCACUUUUUUCCUUUAUUUCCUUUUGAAACUCCCACUUUAAAUCCCCUCCUUUCCUCCACCACGUCCUCUGUGAAGCCACUUCAAAAGCUGUUGGUACGACACAAAGUCCUUUUUCUUCACGUUUUUUUCAUCAGGCUCUAAAGUGUGUGAUGGAGAGAAAAAAAACCAGGAUGAUGUCUGAAUGAAAGCUAGCGUUGUGGCUGUUUCACAUCCAUCUCUGUUAAACUCUACAUCCUCUCAAAGCUUCUAUAAACAACUUUCAACUUAUUCAGUUCAUCCCAAGACUGGAAAGAUACUGUGAGCGUUCAACAGGGCCAAAGGCGGAGACAGGGACGGGCAAAGAACACAAAUGUAUAAAUACCGGAUGGACUGAAGCUGUGAAGAAACACAGAUGUGUGUCACUCUCACAUUAAAAGACAUUCAAAAUCACAUUCGAAGCCAGAAAAAAAAAGAAAAAGACGACUUGCUUCCUUCCUCUCUCCAAAGACUGUUUACAACAAGGAACGAAAACUCAAGACAAUAUGUUCGGUGCAGCCAAACGACAUUUCCUUCAACAUUGUAGCUCAUUCUGGACUAAUCGUGGAAGCAUUCUCAGGACAUUGCUAUGACAGGUUCCGGUUUGGUUUAUCUUCUCAGCUGUUUCUACUCUUCGACAUGUUUUGCUUUAGGGUUCCAACCUGCACUCCCUAGUUCUACUGAGCAAUACACAGGUUGCUCGUGUCAUAGUUGGAGGAAAAAAAAAACUGCUUCAACGUUGUACAAAGGUUUGCCUAUUUAUUUAGAUUAACUUGCUGGAUGCUUCUACAGACACUCU